AUGUAUCAACUGGCAGUCGCUACUGUAGAUACGUCAAAAGACGAAUUUCUUGGGAUACAUAUGAACUUCUCUCCUCGCUGGCUGAAAUCUAACACAACCUUUACCAACAAAUACGGCGUGUACAUCGACAACUCUCAGGUCAUUCCAUCAAACUCCACUAUUGCCAAGGAUAUGGUCGGGAAAUGUCCAUUGGGACGACCGUGGAAUUCGCAACACAAGUCUAUCUUUAUGCAAUCCUAUCUUGACAGUGUUAUCCUCCCAGCAGGAUAUAUCAAAUGGAGCGCAGCCACGCCUCGCGUGGACAACUACACUUUCAUGGCUACGUGGAACGACCACGGUCCUGGGUAUAACGUCACGGCUCUGAAGGACGGUGGAAUUACAAAGGUUUUGACUGAUAAGGAGGCGAAGCCUUAUAAAUCUCCCAAGGAUGUAUUCCAAACGCCAGAGGGCAAGUUUGGCUAUGUAAGCUGGAUUGACAAGAAGGCAUUGUAG